UUUUCACUGCGUAAAGUAAUUACCGCGUUUCAUUUAGGAGCUGAUGAAGAAUCAGCUUUUCAAUUACAAUUUAUAAUUUUUCGACUAGAAUUGCACCAAUUUAAAAUAUGUUUGCAAAAAUUGUGAAUCUACAUAAUUAUAUCAUAUUAGUUCAAUAGGAUAUUCAUAAAAAGUGCUGAAUGUUAUUGGUCUGCAGAGAAUAGCUUGAAAAUUUGCAUCCUGUUAAUUCUGUGCAUGUGUGAGUUAAGGUGCGUUGCUGUCAUCAGAAGCAAAACUGAGAAGGCGUAAUUAUCGUUUGAAAUUGAAAAUUAUACACGAUUAAUAACCUAUCCAGUAAUACUGUGUACACAAUGAGCUACUCCAGAGGCCAUAAUUACUAUGAGCAGCAAAGAUCCCGUUCUCGCAGCCGUGACCGAAAAUAUCGUCGGGAGUACAAAGAGGAAAGCGACAGGUACAAUUCUUCGUACAGAACCCAGGAUUACAACGGAAGCAACUCUGGACGGUACGAACGCCGUGCUCCCCGCUAUCCACCAUACGCGGGUAGCCAGAGAACCGAACCAUCGUCCACGCCUAGUAGCGUAGUGCUUGCGGUCUUCAAUAUCAGCAUCUACACUACCGAAGCCGAGCUGUACGACAUUUUCUCCAAGUUUGGUCCGCUAAAGAAGGCAACUGUGGUGCUCGAUGCCAAGACCGGGCGUUCCCGUGGUUUUGGUUUCGUGUACUUCGACAGUGUCGAGGAUGCGAGGGUGGCCCAUGAACAGGCUAACGGCAUAGAAAUCGGAGACCGUAGAAUUCGUGUGGAUUACUCUGCCACCGAAAAGCCGCACGAUCCAACUCCCGGAGUUUACUACGGCAAAGUAAGUUAUCCGAAGACAAGUUCCUACGGGCCACCGGCUCCGGUUGCUAGCAGCAACAUGGGAGCACCGAUGCCCACCAACACCGGAGGAUACUAUCAUUGUCGUGCAUGUGAAAUCGAAGCCCGCGAACGGGAGAGAUGGGAACGUGAGACUCGGCGGUACAACAAUGGAGACCAGUACUACUACCAACAGGAAAAGUACACUCCUCACGAUACUCGCCCUCGGGACCGACCGGCCAUGCCAAGACCCAGAAGUGAUUAUUACCGAGGCGGUGCAAGCAUUCGCUGACAGUGGCCUCCGAUGCAUGCAGUAGCUCCGCCGGGCGGAUAUCAUACGAUGAUGUAGGCACAUCCCGUUAGUGUUUCCUCUUCCAACCUUGCUUCCCCAGUUCUUUAUGGUCAAGAUGCCUCAAACUACCUUAGUGACGUUCUGAUUUAUAUUGUUCAAGAGCUGUUGAGCGUCUACCGCUACGAUUCACAUUUUGAGUGACGCAAUGCUCACGAAAAUAAAGCUGUCCCCACGUACGUUUAUUGCUAUUGACUUUCCACGAAACAUAUUUAACGGGCAUUACAGCUCUUAUAAAAUUAUAGUUUAACAUUAAAAACGAUUCACACAAUUCUGAACUAUUUCAUAUAUAUGAAUUUUAGAAAAUGA